GGAGCAGACGACCAACCACUUUUUCUUCGCGCAAGUCCCCAAAGUCGGAGACGACCGUCCCCUGCGCCAAAACAUUUCGCUAACAGUCCAACCUAUUUACUUCUGUUCGAGCCUUCAUCUGAAGCAGACAUCGAUCCUCCACGGUGCAACUUCAGCUGACUCUCUCUCUCUUCCUUGCUGUGUUUCCUCUCCACUCCUCCCUUUCGGGUCGUUGUGUCUCUCCGCUCCGCUCCUCCGUCUGCGCCUAUAGAUCCCCCGUCCCUCUCGCUUCGAAGACUGGAUACCGCACACACAAUAAUCUAGAAGCAAGAUGACCGAAAAACCUUUGGGCUUCGGCUACCAGAUUGGUGCCGGAGCUAUUGCUGGUGUCUCCGAGAUUCUCAUAAUGUACCCGUUGGACGUGGUCAAGACGAGAGUACAACUCCAAGGCAGAGCCCCCGUCCCCGGUCAAGACUACUACACUGGCAUGUUCGACUGCCUACGCAAGAUUGUCAAGAAUGAAGGUCCCUCUCGGCUAUAUCGUGGCAUCGGCGCGCCCAUAAUGAUGGAGGCCCCCAAGCGAGCCACGAAAUUCGCCGCAAAUGAUUCUUGGGGUGUAUUUUACCGCAAUCUCUUUGGCGUGGAAAAGCCCACUCAACCCCUCGCGAUCCUUACCGGCGCGACAGCCGGCGCGACAGAGGCGUUCGUCGUCGUACCGUUCGAACUGGUCAAGAUCAGAUUACAAGAUCGCGCGUCGGCGGGGAAGUAUAACGGAAUAAUGGACUGCGUUGUCAAGACAGUGAAGAGCGAAGGACCCUUGGCCCUGUACAACGGAUUGGAAUCAACUCUGUGGCGACACAUCCUCUGGAACGCAGGGUAUUUCGGCUGCAUCUUCCAAGUCAAAUCGCUGAUGCCCAAAGUCGACAAGGCCGAGCGCGGAAAGGCAAUGCUGAACGACUUCAUCUCGGGCACGAUCGGUGGCACCAUUGGUACGAUCCUGAACACCCCCAUGGACGUGGUCAAGUCGCGGAUCCAGAAUUCGCCCAAGAUCAACGGCCAGGUGCCCAAGUACAACUGGGCUUGGCCUGGUCUGGGCACGAUCAUGAAGGAGGAAGGUUUCGCGGCGCUGUACAAGGGCUUCCUGCCGAAAGUGCUGAGACUGGGCCCCGGAGGCGGUGUGUUGCUGGUCGUCUACACCGGGGUGAUGGAUUGGUUCCGAAAGAUGGGCGCUCAGCCGAUCGGCUGAGUGGAGUGAGUGUGCGCGGGAGAACAAGAGAGAGAGACAGAGAGAGAGAGAGAGAGAGAGAGAGCGCGCGCUCUCGUCCUUUUCUCCUCCUCCACCCCAGAUCGAGGAGUUGAGCAUACAAGUACAGGACUCGAAAGGCCUCUUGGAUACCCGGCCCAAGACAACGAGGAAAAGAGAAAGAUCUCGUCGGAUAGAAGCAGAUAGAGAGGAUGCUCUUGUUUUCCCUGCUCGCCUGGUUCGGCGCAAAAUCUGGGAGGGGUACUCGGUGCGCAUUCAAGUUUCAAUUGAGCUAAGUUCUACACGUUUUACUUUUCUGUCUUGGAGCCCCUUUUUUUUCUUCCGCGGGAAAAUGAAGAUAGAGAGGAAAUAAGAAGGGGGGGGGAAAUUAGAGAGCGGUUACGCCGUUUCUUUUGCUUAGAUUCGGUCAGCGUUCGUUCUAUGAUUCCAGCGACAUGCCCGCCGACUACUAUCGUCGAUUUGGCCGCGCUAUAAACAACAUACUUAGCCCCUUCGUCCUCCCGAAAUGGGAGAGGGCUACAGACAAGGGGAGAGGGAGACCCACGGAGGAGAAACGCUGAAGCAAAAAGGGACGGCUGUGCACUUGGCCAAACAAGUAUGUAUUCAGUCGCCAAUUGCUCUCUCAAUAACUUUUGUAGCUCAAGC